AAGUAAAACCCGUUUUUUAUUGUUGUUGUUUCAUUGUAUAAAAAAAGCCACACACGCUGUAGAGGUGUAAUGGGUCUCAGAUGUUUUCUCAGGAGAUGGUUUAGCAAUCAGAGACGCUAGCUGGGGUUGCUUCGCUGCUGUAGCUAGCAGCAAAAGAUUCCCAGAAGUAGCAACUGAAAGUAGCUCUCAGAGAGACGACUAGCUUUUUACAUCCAUUUGCUCUUUCGACGGGCAAUGUAGGAUUGCAAAGCCCCUUUCAUUUGUGUUAUUCGUUGCAUCAGUGCCGCCAUAUUUACCUUUGUUUACAUUCUCAGUCAGCAUGGAUGCGGAGAUGGAUUUUUUGCGAGAUCAAGUCCACAGGUUAAAUUCUGCUCUUAGCCGGUAUCAGCAGGGGGCCACACCAUCUCAGCUGGAUGAGGCACGGCCGGCAGAGUCUCCUCCACCCUGGCUGUCAGACAGAGGGAUAAUGGCUCCUCUCAUAGCAGAGUACGACCGGCACAUGGACGAAAUGAAUGAACAACUUCAGAAAUACCAGGAGAUGAUGACCGAUGUCAGAUUGAAGCUGGAAAAGGUUGUGGAGGAAAAUGAAAGGUUGCACACAGAGCUGAGGGAGUGCGUCGAGAAGCAGCUUCACACCCUGCCUGUCACCUCCAUUGCAGAGGGCAGCGCAGUGGAAGACGCCGCCAUCGUUAAAAACCUGCAGGAACAAGUUCAGCUGUCUGAGCAGGAGCGGACGCAGGCCAUGGAGCUGUGGCAGACGACGGCCCAGGAGCUGGACCGCCUACAGCAAGUCUACCAGAGGAGCAUCUCUGACGGGCGGCUUCACGAUGCCAAGAGACAGCAGCUCAAGGAUCAGCUCGUUCAGUUCCAGCAGCACUCUCACAAACUCCAAGCGGCCAAUCAGAAACUGGAAUCGACGAACCAGCAGCUCCUGAAGACGGUCACAGAGCAGGGCGCAGAAAUGGAGGAGCUGCACUGCCAGCUCAGACAGUCUAAGGCUGAACUGAGGACGGCCACAGCCAAAGUGGAUGAGAUGACCAAAUUCUUGCAGAAUCUCCAGGAACAGAUGCAAAGAAGAGAGGAAGACGUGGCCGAAGCUCAGGACAGAGGGGACACGGCAGACAGACGACUCCAGCAGCUUCAGACAGCCCUGAGCCAACUAGAAACGCGGCUAAAGGCUGCAUCUCAGGAGGCUGAGGCAGUUCGCAGAGAGCAAGCUGUGUGGGAGAGAAAGGUGGGGGAACUCCAGGCGCGUUGCACCACCCUAGAAGAGGAGAAGUACGAGGCUCUGUCUAAAGUCAGAGAGAAUGUUCAAGUGGCUGAAGAGGCUGUGUUGCAGAAGGAGCAGUCCCUUCUUAGAGAGAAACAGAAGACAGAGGAGCUAGAAAAGACAAGGCAUGCCAUCAAACACUUGAUCCAGGAGGCUGCAGUCCGAACUAGGAAAGAGGUGGAAAAUGUGCGCAAGCAGUGCAACCUCCAAAUCCACCGUAUGGCAGAGGAGCUGUCUGCACUGCAGCUGGAGUGUGCAGAUAAAGAGUCUCAGAUUGAAAGGUCCCAGCGUGAGAGAAAAGCUGUAGAAGAAGAACUGGAGAAGGUACUUGGCAGGGCUACAGUGUAUAGGGAAGGCAGGGCAGAGCCCGAGUUCAGGAAGAUCGAGGCCCUUCAUCAGAGGUGUCUAAAUGCAGAGAGGCAGAAGGACGACAUAAACCUCACUCUCCAAAGCACUCAGAGCAAGCUGAAAAAGAUGGAGAUGGACUACGGCGAGGAACUGUCUCGGUGCCAGGAGGAGGUGCGGCGGCUGCAGGGCUUACUGACUGCCGCCCGGGACGACUGCGUCGGCGUCAGCGAGGAGCGGCUUCAGCUGGUGCAGGAGAACACGCAGCUGCGCAAGGAGAUGGAUGAGCUGCGCAAGGCUAGCAUGCAGAUCCAAAGAAACGCCAAGCAGAAGGUCUCACAGAUGGAGCAAGCGUGCAGCCUCAAAGAGCAAGGACUCGACGCGCGGGUGAGGGAGCUGGAGGAAAGGAGCCGCAGCUCCACCGCCGAUCUGACACGCCUCCUUGCUGCAUCGCAGAAAAGCACUCAACGAUGGAAGGAAGAGGCAAAGAACCUAGUGCAGGCCUUUGAAACUAAAAUCACAGCUCUCAAGGCAGAACUGAAACGGCAGAAACAGCGCUCGCUUGAAUUGGAGAUACAGCUCGAAACGGACCAUAACACAAUAGCUGAGUAUGAGAAACAGCUUGCAGAAUAUCAGGAGAAGACAAGUCGUCUCCAGAGAAGACUGACACAAGCUGAGCAGAAGGCAACUACAGCUUCGCAUCAGCUGAACAUGUUGGCAUCACAGCGCAGGAAACCUGCGACAGUGGAUCCAGGGGCUCUAUGACAAAUGGCCAUAACUUAGGAGGAAAAAGAAAUAAUACAACAGCCAAAUGUUUUAAAAACCUUUUUAUUAGGUUCACAUAAUUUGGAAUCUUGCAACAUUCCCUGACAAAUUUGAUUAUCUUCUGUAAAUGAAUUGUAUGUAUUUUAAUAGAUGAAUUGAUCAAUAAAAAGUGGGGAAACCAG